UUGUUACAAAACAGAGAAGGAUAACUUGUUACUCAAGUUACCUCAAUUCCCUUGUCGAAUAUUUGCUUCUGCCUUCUGGUAUAUGAGCUUCUCAAAAAGACUGUUUUGCCCCUCCAAGAUUAUCGAUUACAAUUCAAUAUUUAUCAGCCUUAAUUUUUUUUUUUUGCGGAGAAUUCGGACAGUGCUAUUUUAGCAGGGCGUGAAUUCUCCAAUACGUGGAAAAAUUCAGUGGGGGGAGGGAGGUCAAUGGGGUGGUGACACGUGUAGGCACCAGAUACAUUGUCUCCCAACAUUAACAGAAAAAAAAACACACGAGAGAAACAAUGGCGAAACAUCUGACCAAACUUCUCUUUCAUGAUCCAACCCUCAACGUUAUGCAGAGAGGCUAACGACAAUUUCUUUUCUCAUCUUACUACCCAUCUCCUCCUUUUUGUUCAUCAUCAUCUUCUUGGCAUAAUAUACAUGCUGACAUAUUACGAUGUGUCUUACGAUUCGGGAUUCAGACAGGUUCACACAGAUAUUCGUCGUCUCUUCCAUCGGUUUGAUCAUCGCGGCCGCCGUUCAUUUCCGUCUCCGGAAGAUACGCCAUUCCAAGAUCAUUCCUCGCCUCAGAUUGUCCCACAAGCACAAGGGCCAUGAGAAGCUCGAGAGAUUCUCCCAAUACGUCGGUAAUGCAUCUCCCUUCUUCUUCUCCUCUGUUCUUGUAUGGAUCGAUUCUCUCGCUAUCCAUCUCAUAGAUCUCGAUGCUUUGUUCCUAAACGCAGCGAGGCAGAUGGGUUUCAAGGACAGGAGGGAAUGUCCCCAUCUCUGCAAGCUGGCCACGGAAUACAUCAGAAAAUCGGAGUGCUGUGAGGAAGAUAUAUACAGCUUUUUCUCAGACGAACCUGAUGCCGAUUCCCUCUUCAUUAAGCUCGUCGAGGAGUUCGAGAGAUGCAUCCUCAGCUACUUUGCUUACCACUGGAGCCAUGCCGAUCUCAUGAUCAGUCAGAUACUCAGUGCCGACGCCGAGCCCAAGAGGAAACUCAAGCACAUUGUAAUGGCUGCCACAAGGGAACAGAGAUUCGAGAGGGUGACAAAGAAUCUGAAAGUGGCAAGAGUCUUCAACACGCUGGUAGAGGAAAUGAGAGCGAUGGGGAUUGCGUCGGUAGAUGACUCGGAGUGUACGGAAGUCAUGGCUCCAGUGGCGCAUAAGGACAGAAGCCCAGUUCUACUCCUCAUGGGUGGAGGGAUGGGUGCAGGGAAGAGCACUGUCCUCAAGGACAUUCUCAAAGAACCAUUCUGGGCAGGAGCAGAUGCAGUCGUGAUCGAAGCUGAUGCCUUCAAAGAAUCCGAUGUGAUCUACAGGGCCCUGAGUUCUAGAGGCCACGUCGAUAUGCUGCAAACAGCUGAGCUGGUUCACCAGUCAUCAACAGAUGCAGCAUCAUCGCUACUAGUGACAGCUCUCAACGAGGGAAGAGAUGUGAUAAUGGAUGGAACCCUCUCUUGGGUACCCUUUGUGGUGCAGACCGUAACAAUGGCCAGAAACGUGCACAGACAUCGUUACAGGAUGGGAACCGGGUACAAGGUUGGUGAGAACGGAGUUGUCACUGAGAACUACUGGGAGCGCAUUGGGGAGAAACAGCAGCUGCAAGAGGAUGGAAAGAUGAGAAAGCCAUAUAGGAUAGAGCUGGUCGGAGUUGUGUGUGAUGCAUAUUUGGCUGUCAUAAGAGGCAUUAGGAGAGCUAUAAUGUGCAGAAGAGCGGUUAGGGUGCGAUCUCAGUUGAGAUCCCACAAGAGGUUUGCUGAUGCUUUUUCAACGUACUGCAACCUCGUUGACAAUGCCCGGUUGUAUUGCACCAAUGCACUCGAAGGCCCUCCAAAGCUGAUAGGCUGGAAAGAGAAGGACAAGACGCUGCUAGUUGAUCCAGAGGAAAUAGACUGUUUGAAGAGAGUAGGAAGGUUGAACGAGAACGCAGAAUCCAUUUACGAGCUCUACUAUCGCCCAAAUCCUGCAUGCGAAGCGGGAUCCAUUUGGAAAGAUAUUGUUCUUUCCCCUUCCAGAUUUAACAUCCAGCAGGAGCUCAAAUACUCGAUUCAGAAGGUCGAAAGAUCCAAACAGUAUAAGGACGAUAGGGCGCACUGCCACUGAGGAGAAGAUAGAAAAGGCCUCAACUUUCUUAGCUUUUUUUAAUGAUCUACAGAUUCUUUUAUGCAAGUACCUAAACAUCAAACAGCUAAAGCCCCAGUUUCCAGAGAAACCGAAAAGGAAGAGAAGAGGCAUACCAAGUGGAUAUAGAUAACAUUGCAUGUUUUGAAGCGGAAAACAGAGCUGCCCAUAUGAGAUUGUUAAGGCAUAUGAUAUCUAAAAUAUUUGCUUAAACAGACAAAUGCAUCGACAUGACACAGAAUGUAAAGGCAAUGUUUGUUAAGCAGAACAUGCCAGAUGAGUAACUUACAUUUUGCCCAAGCCGUGGUGUUGUCUUUGCAACUUGGGAAACCUCUUUCGCACUUUCGUCUUGCAAAGAUCACAACAACCCAGUUCAGUUCAGUUCAGUUCCUCCACAGCAAUUCUUGAUAAAAGAAGAAGCCAUACCCACAUCACUGAAAACUCUUUGCCUAUUGCAGAUAGAUACCGACAGUUAGACAACAGCUAAGAGAAGAAGACUCCACAACGACGAUACCCUUUUGGCCUCUAGACCUCAAAUUCAGACAAGAACAUUCUCAUGUGCAACACAACAAACCAAAUGCCACAAAAUUGUUGCUCUUGUUUUCCCAUGCCAUGGAACAAAGGCUUCAUCAAUCAACAGACAACCUCAGGAAACAGCUGCAAACAGCCUCCACGCGUUUGAUAUGAAAAACCAUGUGAUCGCUUAACAAGAUUGCUCGUAAGAUGGGGAAUUUUCAACAGAUUAGAGAAGUUAGGAGGAAGAACCCAUCACAUCAUUCACAUGAUCUAUGAAUACACCAUAAUUUCAAGCAAAGAUGAAUUACAUGAAAAAAACUAACACAAAAGAAGAAGAAA